AUGUCAACACACGCCGCACAACUGCUCGAGCAGCAAUUCUUCUCUACGCUGAAGGCACAAAUCAUAGGCCUUGCGGUGCCUCUUUACGGCACAAGAUCGGAAGACGCGUCAAAAGUCUACGAUGUAGUCACCUACAGCAUGACCACCAACAAUGGCGGCAGUAGCAACGAUAGCAGAAGCACCUUCAAUACUGCUAGUACCAGCAGCAGCAACGAUGGUGAAGAGAAAGCGAUGCCAACACAUGGAGUGGCAUUGAUCCUCUACACUGGCCCUCCAAGUUCGCCAUUCACAUCAUGGACACUGAUCAGCCAUGUGGAGGAUCAGCCCGACAUCAUCACUGGGGCGAAUUGUCUGUUGGAGGACUUGAGGAAGGGGAUGGGUGGAGUUAUUAGUAAUUGGGGGAUGAAACAUGGGAGGAUUCCCAACGUUGCGGGUGUCGGGGAGGAAGGGCAGGAGGUCCACCCUGAUGUCGAGUAUGAGCAUGGGGGUGACGGAGGGGACAAUAUGGACGUCAGGCGUGGCGCUGAAGGUAGUGGCGGCAGAAUGGACGAUGCCAGCGAAGAUCUGGGGCAGACCGGCUGGAGUCCAAGGUUGUCGAAAAUCAUCGAAGAGGUGUAG